GGUCCCUGUCUAUCGACAUGGCGGUCAACCCGGCGCCUGGACACGCUCAGCACACGCAGCAUCCCAGCUACCCUGGCUGUCCCACGCUACCUUAUCUCUUCCACAGCUACCCCGGGGGCUCACUACCCCGCUGCGGGCAGCUGCAGACAGCAUGUCUCCUGCUGUUCCUGGACGAACCGCAACUCAAGCCUUGCAUAAGCGCAGGGAUAAAGCUUCGCGAAGCUUGCUGAGCUCCGGGCAGUCGUCAUAGCUGAUAGACUGCGGGCUGGCAUUUAACCAUGGGAGCUCCGCGUUGUACCGCGAAGUUUGCUGUGGUAUCUCUGAAGCUCCUUCUUUGACAAUUUAGUGAUUUCAUACCGCAAUUGGUGAACUUCCAACGCGAUUGAGUGACUUCAAGAUGCUCGGACUCCCUUCCAAGCUGGCUACGGCCGUUGCGGUGCUGCUGGCAUCGCAGAGUGUUGCGAAGAUCUUCCAUGAUCCUACGCCGCGCCCGCCGAAGUUUGCAAAGAGGCAGCUGCCUGCGAAUGCUACGGGUGUGAAGACAAUCACCUCUCCUACUGGCGUCAAGAUCCGAUACAAGGAGCCCGGGAAGGAUGGGGUGUGUGAGACUACGCCCGGUGUGAACAGUUACUCGGGCUACGUCGAUUUGGCGGAGGACCAGCACACCUUCUUCUGGUUCUUUGAGUCGAGGUCCAAUCCUUCGACCGACCCAAUUACACUCUGGUUGAAUGGCGGACCAGGAAGUGAUUCUAUGAUCGGUCUCUUCCAGGAAUUGGGGCCGUGUAACGUUUCGGAAGCACUGGAGUCCCAUCUGAACCCGUACUCAUGGAACACGAACUCGAAUCUGCUCUUCCUCAGUCAGCCUUUUGGCGUCGGUUUCUCAUACAUGACCGAGGCCCCGGGAUCCCUUACGGACGACUGGGAAGCAGUUAUUGUCAACGCCAGCGUGGAGGCUGUGACCGGACGUUUCCCGUUCAUCGACCCUGAGUACAUCGAGACUACCGAUGAGGCCGCCGCUGCAGCAUGGCAUGUCCUCCAAGGAUUCUAUAGCGCGUUGCCUCAAUUGGACUCUGGUGUCCCGUCGAAGGAGUUCAAUCUGUGGACCGAGUCGUAUGGAGGACAUUACGGGCCUGCCUUCUACAACCAUUUCUACGAGCAGAACAAGCUCGUCGCAAACGGCUCGCAGCCCGGCAUUGAACUGAACAUGAACAGUCUCGGGAUAAUCAACGGCAUAAUCGACGAGUAUAUCCAAGUUCCCUUCUACCCAGAACAGGCCGUGAACAACACGUACGGAAUCAAGUCCUACAACGACACAGUCUACAACUUCGCCAGAUUCGCAGCCUACAUGCCCGAUUACGGAUGUCUUGCUCAGAUCCAGUACUGUCGCCAGAACAACCACACCACCAUUGCCGACUUCGCGGUCUGCUCCGAAGCGGCCGCGAUCUGCCGUGAUAUGGUCGAGAGCGCCUACUACGUCUUCGGUGGUCGUGGCGUCUACGAUAUCAGACAUCCCUACGAUGAUCCAACUCCCCCAGAUUACUUCACCGAGUACCUGAAUGCGGCCUACGUCCAGAACGCGAUUGGCGUCAACCUGAACUACACCUCUGCGAACGACUGGGUGUACUGGGCCUUCCAGCAGACAGGCGACUUCAUCUACGACAGCUUCAUCGAAGACUUGGAGAACCUGCUUGACCAAGGCGUGCGAGUCAGUCUGAUCUAUGGCGACGCUGACUACAUCUGUAAUUGGUUCGGUGGAGAGGCUAUCUCAAAGAACAUCAAUUACACCCACCAAGCCGAGUUCAACGCAGCUGGCUACGAGGCUUUCAAGGUCGACGGUGUGCAGUACGGCGAAGUCCGACAAGUUGGCAACUUCUCCUUCACCAGGGUCUACGAGUCUGGCCACGAGGUUCCGUACUAUCAGCCCAUUGCCGCGUUGGCCCUCUUCAACCGCACCAUCAACCACUUCGACAUCGCAACGGGCGAUAUUCCAGUGACGGCGAACCUGACCACCACUGGGCCGGCCAAUACAACGCAUACGGAGUCGUUCGUUCCGCUGCCGGCGACGAGCUCGGCGUCGUAGGGGAAGAUAGGGACGGGAGCGCGGAGGAGGUGGACCAUAGACCUAGGAAAUAGCUGAGCUAGGAAUCACCUUUUCUAGUAUGUACUUUCUAGAGAAAGGAAGUCGCGCUCGGGGUCGGCGAUCAUGUAAAAAAACGAGAAAUGAAGUCUAUAAAAAAAAUGCUUUGCUUAAUGUGUGGUGAAGAGUCGAGUCAUGUCGAUGUAAGUUGCGUGAGAAAAAGCAACUUUGUGGAACGCAGUGUCCAUAUGAGAAGACGAUGACUUUACUGAUGGGUGGAUGAGAAGAACAGAAGUUGAGAGUCACGUGAUGCGCAUUCACGUCCAUCAAUUUUCUCAUCAAUGACAUCCGUGAUUGGCCAA